GUCAGGCAUAGGGGAACCCACACCCGCGUUCCGCCCCGCCCCGGCCUGACUGAACCCUGUGCGCGCCCACCUACUCGAACAGAAGGCAAGACGCGAGGAUACCGAGGAAAAGAAAGGAAACGGAACGGGAAACAUAGCAGAUAAGUAAAAGCGAUCAGUGCAUUCAACCCUCUAUGUCGCAGGCUUACACAUACGAAGCUACAGACCCAAAACAAACUCGUAUACAUAUAUUGUGAGUGUGUGUUUGUGUGUAUUAAACGUGUGCGUGGCAAGCAAGUAACCACCAACCAACAGAGAGAAAGACGUUGAUGAUAAUGUAAACAGUAGAAAAUCAUAGUUGGAGUUCGUGUCGGGCCAGGAAGAUUGCUUUGAGGGACGACAGGAAUGGCUGCCCCGCGUCCUGCCGAGCCGCGGAGGGCGUGAGGCGGAGGACGGAGCGAUGGGCUGCCGGCGGGGAGCUGCGAGGCGCGAGAGGCGGCACCCGUAAGGCCGCCCCUCCCGCCGCCGGCCCACACACGCCUCACCAACACAUUCCCACGCCUCAGCCUCUCCCCGCGCCCUCUGCAGGCGGGUGAAGAUGGCUGAGCACCGGGGCAGCGGGCUGGUGCGGGGGCUGAAGAUGGUGAUCACGUUCGCCUUCAGCCACGUGGGUCUGUGUGCCUUCGUCGCCGCCUACACCGUCGCCGGCGCCUUCCUCUUCCGCGAGCUGGAGCAGAAGCACAUCCUGCCCCACCACGACUCCAACACCUACCAAGCCGCCCUCCUCCGCGACCUCCACAACAUUACUGAGCGGAUGGUGGGCGAGGUGGUUGGCGGCGGCGGGGAGGGUUGGCUGGAGGCCCUCAACGCGACGGGCUGGCACGAGGAGGUGAGGGAGGUGCUGGAGGAGUACGAGAAGAAGGUGGUGGAGGCCGUGGGGAACCAGCUGUACGACCAGGGCCCCGACGAGCAGCGGGAACGAUGGAAUGUGAUCGGCUCUCUCUUCUACUGCGUCACCGUCAUCACUACGAUAGGCUACGGAAAUGUCUCGCCCAAAACGUGGAAAGGCAAAGUAGUGACGAUCUUCUACGCGAUCAUCGGCAUUCCACUCAUGCUGCUCUGCCUCACCAACAUCGGCAACGCCAUGGCCACCUCCUUCAGGUUUAUGUACCGGCGCGUGUGUUGUGCCUGCUGUCGCCGCCACCAGGAGGAGGAGGACACGCCCCUCACCAACCCGACCAACAGCAGCGGUUCCGCUGAGGCCGCCGAGCCCGCGCCCUACACGCCGCCGCCCAAGUACAAGCCCAGCCGCCGCAACAUGCUCAUCUCGCCCCCCAUCUCCGCCACCAUCCACCGCGGCUCGGACAACCCCCUCAAGCCCCCCAUGCUCGAGUCCCCCUCCAACCCCUCCUCCAAGGCCUCCACACCCAGACCGGCCGGGCAUAGAGCCCUCCAAGCUGAGCUCAGCCUCACGGACAUGGAGGCUAACCGCAUCGUGGCUGAGUGCGCCGCCUACACCAAGACUCCCGUGCCCGGCAUGAUCAUCCCCCCCUCGCCUGAACAUUCCCAGAAUGACUGCCACGACUAUGAGAUGCUCCCGCCCAGCACCCGCCUCUCCCCUACCGCCACCAGCCGCCCCACGCCCGAGCACUCCACCCCGUCCACGCCGCUCAGCAAGGACGCGCCCGUCGAGUGGUCGGAGCCCAAAGAAAAUGGCGGACCACACAUCAUCAUCGAGGAACACUUCAACACCCCGCCCUCCAACUCCUCGACGCGGCCGGGCUCCCCCGCCCUCACCAACUCCACGCACCACGCCUCCAGCAUGUCCCUGGGCGUUAGUAGCAACGUGAGCCGCCCCUGGCCGCCAUCCACGCCCGGAGGAUUAAUGCCUUACGUUAAUGAGGCCGAUGAAGCGCCGCGGCCGCGUGCAGGAGAUCGGCCGCCGCGCUCUCCCGGUAAGACACUCGUUGUAUAUAACACACUUUCUGGCGACGCCCUUCUAGAGCAGAGCAAAGUGGCGCGAAGAAUGGCCCUCAUGAACAAGGGCGGCUUCGCACAGGCUCGUACAGACGCUACCACAGUCUUCACGGAUCCGAUCUCCGGCCAGGCGGUGAACGGGGACAUGCUUGGCCUCAGCUACCGCCCCAUCCCACCUGACACUUCAGACGCAGACAACCGCGUGCCCAUUCCCAUCGUGCUUGCCUUCGUGGCGUCAUACAUAGGCGUCGGGGCGCUGCUCUUCGGCUGGCUGGAGGGUUGGUCGAUGCUGGAUGCCGGCUACUUUUGCUUCAUCACCCUCUCAACUAUAGGCUUUGGGGACUUCGUGCCUGGCAAGUCUUUGGGUUACGAGACCCAGGAAGCUCAAAUCAAGUUGGUAACGGGCUCUAUGUACCUCAUGUUCGGUCUGGCCGUGCUCGCCAUGUCCUUCAAUCUAGUGCAGGAGGAGGUGGUCAUCAAGUGCAAGGCCUUCGCUUUCUGGAUCGGCCUCAUUAAGGAGUGAUGCCGUGCACCGCCACAACCCUGGACUGUCACUUGUGAUGACAGACAACCCAUUGUGAUUCUAGUAUAUAUUGACCAUAUUACGUAUGUUAAGUUGGCCCAGUCUAAUUCUCCAAGGCUGAGUUGCAAGAUUGAGGUGUUGAGUCUAUUAUUUACUGUUAGUCAUUUACCUGACACGGCGUUUGGAGCAUUGAGGGGCCUGCAUGGCCCUUAUGGAAACUGUGAUUGCAAGAUAUUUCAAAAUUUCCAAAUGCACUGGAAUGCAAUAUCCUAUUAGAAAUUGGCAUUGCAUUAUAAAGAAGCCUAGUGUAACACUGUAAGACAUUACUAUUCACAACAUGUCUCUUUGGCAAUGCCAUGCUAGAUCAAGGCAAAGGUUAUGCCUCGCUCCACUAACGAGGUUUCCACGCAGGCACUCACCUCACUGUCAGCACCGGAUCGUUCAGGACCCAAGACCUCUGGCUGUGAUAACUUUCCUUGCUGCUCUGCUUAGGCUGCCACUGAACAGGUUCCGUAGUGUUUCCACUAACAGUGUACACUGCAUAAGCACUGUUCUCCAUGCUCUCUUUACAACAAAUACUCUAAUAAAAAUUUACUGAUGACAUCAUGUCUAUCAGACAAUACCAGUCCACUGCCCUGUAGAGCUUACCUGGAUUUUGCUAACAUAAUAACCACAAACUGAUGUUACAGUUUAUAAGGCUUGCAUUUCUAAGCUAGUAUUCAGAUAGUCACAGGAAUGUUUUGACAUUUUCCUCCCCCUCAGCUGUCACUAAACUUGUGAUGUGUAAUGCAUUCCCUGGGCAAAUAAGAUUUUUUUUUGUAUGAUUGAUGAAUUAUAACAUUUAAUAACAAAGUUGCUUUAAAAAUUGUAUAAUCAUGAGUUAAAAGGAAUGACACACAUUUUCAAACCCGCAAAUGUCAAGCUUUUUUUCUCAGUUUCAACAUUGUCAAACUCCAUCACACUGUCUCUUGUCAGCACAGUAUGCAGUUAUACAAGCAGUGUGACAACCAGUUGGUUGAAUCUGUAGAUCAAAUGAUUCAUGACGCAACAAAUCUUCAGUAUUAAUUUUACUCCUUACUAAAGGCCACAGCUAAGUACAUCACACCAAAAACGCCCCAAAUUUUGAUACAACUGAUUAAUUCUAGUUUGAUAUUCAUGCUACCAAGGGAAUGAUUCAUAGUGCUACUGAGGAUGUUUUCACCUUUAACCCCAAUGACUUAAUACAUCCCAAGGCCCACAGUGCUACACCACUAGAGCCCAAACACUCAGUACUUUGCUAACCUGUCCUCCACUGCCCAGUUACAAGGUUGCUGCUGUAGUAGUGCUUCACUCAACUGCCUUGCCCUCUUAGUUAGCCUGACUAGCUGUAAUGCAACAAUAUACACUUUACUGUUAUGAUAGCGGUUUCUUUCCAUGUAUUAGAUUGUUAUGAAUGUUAGUCAUUAUGGAUAUAUGAUCACAUUUUUACUUUUUCCAUUGUUGUUGGAUGUUUAUAUUUCUGUACAUAAGUUAAAGUAUUGGGAUUUCACUCUGUGUGUGCAUGUUAUCCCUACAUAGUCAUCACCCUGCACUGCCCCUCACCACUGAAAGCCUCCUGUUUGUCCACAUCACUGGUCAUGUUUGUAAUAAGUAUUUUCAUUAAAACUUGUUAAUGUGUAAAAAAAAAAUCUUUUAUUCACUCCCAAACUAGCUGCCUCUUACAUUCAAUUUUCAAAAGUAUACUUAAUUAAGAGUUAGUUAAAUAAAACUUUUCAGACCAAUGCAGGCCGUGUACCGUAUGUAACUUCAAUACAUAAAAAAAAAAAUUGGCUUAAGUUCAAAAGUUUGCAAGGAAUGUCAAAUGCUUCUUUAGGUGUGAUGCUUUCCAUGCACAGCCAAACAUUGCCUUGAACUUGAAAUUAAAAAGGGAUAUUUAACUUGUUUCAUUCAUGUUGCCUUCAAAAUCUCUUCUAGUAUUAUCCACUUCCAUAUCAACAUAUCAGAGAGGAUCACCACACUGGGCCAUCUCCUCACUGCAUUAACAGCUGCCUUGCAUGGGCCUACCAGCCUCUUGUGGUCUCAUGUUGUUGUCUAUUUCUUUUCAUCAACUACAGCAUCAUUCCUUUCAAUUAGUGUUUUUUAACUCAUGACUAGGAUUUUACUGAUGGAGAAACAUACUAUUUUGCCAUGGCUAUCCCUCAUGGGAAGUUCAUGGAAAGAAAAGGGUAUCUGAGCUAAAGAGUUCAUAUAUUUUGAACUUUUCAUUCCUUAUUCUAUUUUACAAACUAAAUAUAUAUAUUCUUAAACAUAUUUGGCUCCUCUUAUCCUUUACCCUUCCUGUCUGUGCUGGGCAAGCAGUUCACCUGCAUAUCACUAGGACAGCGCACAGCCCCAUUCAUAGUAACCCAUUGGUGACACGUCUGAGAAAACCUUUAAAGCUCCAACCAGUUUUCUAUAAUUUGCACCCUACCAAUGCUAAGGCUGUCCAUUUACCUGAAAACAAGUUUAUAUUUUGUUAAUUGUCCAGCACUAAAAGAACUCUUACUUGUACUGACUUAGUCCUCUGCAUUUAUACUCCUAUAAAAUGUCAUAAGCAGUGCCUUCUUAUACUUGGCAUGAGAUAGAUCUCCACACAGCAAAUUCAAGAGGUUCAUCCCCUCCCUGUGAUAUCAGGGUCUGGGUAUUCUGGUGUGUGUAGUGGAGUGCCAUUCCACUGAGCAAUCUUUCUUCCACUGACUGUAAAUUUUGCCUCCCAAGGCUCAAAUUAUAAGGGGGAAAUGGUUGUGAUGGCUUACACACAAAAAAAAUAGCUAUUCAAAGGAAGUUUUAUUUGUUAUGCAAUGCUUGGUAAAAAUUGCAAUGGUAGAUCAGUUAUAUCACUGAGAAAAGAAGAUGGCCUUGUUGUAAUAACAAUAAAAAAUAUUUCCAUCACAUACGUAGAGGGCUGUCGUCAGUCACCAUGCUUUGUGAUCAAAGGAAACUUUAAGACGAACCACAGUGAGAGAGCAGUGAACAAUAAACCUGUAAAAUAAAUACUGUUGAAUGCCUGAUGAUAUAAACCUAAUGCAUAAUGCUUUUUUUACAGUCACAGGUUCCUUAUACUGCUUGUAAGAUGUUGAACUGUGAUGCAAAGGAAAACUGCUUAAAACAAAAAUACACCAAAAUCUGAAUUAUGGCAAAUGUCCUUUCAAAAAUUAAAAUGCAUACAUAUAAUGCAUGUUAACUAGUCAAUAAGUUUAGUUAUUUGACCAAAGCUACCAUUUUCUUGAUGUUGAAAUCCUUCACCAUGAUGAGGAUUUAGCUAACAGAAAGUAACAUUUUGGAAACAUUAACUUGACCAAGCUGAGGUAGCCAGCAUGGCUAGACUGGAGACCAUACUCUAGUCAGGAAACAUCAGUGUUCCUUCCCAUGGUUCAUUCAAACCACUUAUAUUAAAGGGAGGGAAGGGAAGGGGGAGGUGAGAUUUCCUUAUACAUACUCCACUAUCCACCAAACAAUUGCUCUUCUUCAAUAUAGCAUUGUACAACGUCCCCUAAUGCCGAUUCUCUAAAUGGGUCUAUGAUACAGGAAACAUUGUAACAAAAAAUUUGGUAACAUCCUUAGAUCGUUUCAAAUGAAAUAUGAGUUAUGUACAAGACAUGAUAUUGAUAACUUGAUGCAAUACAGCUAAGUGCACAUAGUAAUACAUACUGUAGUAAUCUGCACCAAGACACUGACUGACUGGUAAGUUCCACUAAGACUUCUGCUUUGGUCAUCAAUCAAAACAGUGUAAGUGAUAUAACAAUAAUCCUAAAUUUGAAUGACACUGAUGGAUAAAAUUUCCAGUCCACCACUUCCACCGGUGAAGGAAAAAGCUUACAGUCCACAAUCCCCAAGAGUGUCCAAAAAUGCAUUCCUGUCGAGUGUCAAUGGAUGCUCUGUCAAGUGGCGUGAUUAUGAUUCUUGGCAUCACAUGUAAAAGGUUUUGCCACACCUUAAGGUAUUAUAGCAGCAGCAUGUGCGUAGCCCGUCUGAUUGAGUGAACAUAAGGUGGAAUCACAGUUGUAUCUACAAACCCUGUUUAACAGUUUAGUAUGUAAUGACUCUUUUGAUAAAUUGCAUAAAAUCUUCCACUUCUGACUAAAUAGUUUAUGCAAGACCUAGAACAGAAAAUUCCAAAAACAAAAUCACUCCAAGGACACUCCACACUACACACCUUCCAACCUUGACAGUUCACUCCUGGAUGACACUGUUUUGCUCACACUUCUAAGCCAUCACACACACAUCCUCUAGCAGGCAUACACACAUGCGCACACAACACAAGCACGAACACACACACAUUCACGCACGCACACA